CGCGUCGCACGCGCAGAACUCGUCGCGACUCGCUGGUGUACGGAGCGCAGUCGACUUCGCUGUACGACUUCGCGAUCUCGUAGCUCUCGCGCCGUUUUUUGCUCAGCUGAGGCGCAUCGUAGAGCACGUAUCUUCUGACUGAAGCACCGCUCGCCAGGACACUCGCCUCCACGGAGGCUGGAUUACUUGGCAUUACAGCCGCGGAUUACUCUACACCGUCGGCAACCGCUCAUCGCGUUUGGACCAAGUUGCUCAUUGCUUUCGUCUGGGUUCCAUGACCCAUCACCAUGCUGACCUCAAGUAAUCAGUACCUGAGGCCAGAGUUCCUGUCUCCACUUCCGACUACGCUCGACGCCAAGAAGAGUCCUCUGGCAUUGCUGGCGCAGACAUGCAGCAACAUUGGUGCCGACAACCCCAACAUCAAGCCCAUAAUACCACCUCUGGAGAAGCCCAAGGACCAAGACAAGAGCAAGGGCAAGUCAUCGUCGCUCUCUUCUUCUUCGACGUCCUCAUCGAGCCAGCUGGACGACAAGCCGUCCUUCAAGCCCUACGAGUCGGCGAAGAAGGAGGACUCCACAUCCAAUGGUGACGUGGGCGGCGGCAAGAAGUCCCCUUCCUCAUCGUCUAAAUCCCCGCCGCGGGUUCCCAGCUCUUCUCCCGCUGCGUCCAUUGCAUCCAGCGGCAAGGCAUCGCCGGCGGCUUCCGAAGGCGGUCACUCCAAGUCAGACGCUUCUUCGGGCUCGGCGACGGCCAUAACGACUACCACGUCGUCCUCUUCAUCCUCGACGCCGUCAUCGCAGAACACUCUGAGCGGCCUUGGCUACGGUGGUGCAGCGGCUCUCGGCUUGGACCUGGCGCGCGACAAGGACGCACUGUCGCAGUUGACCUCUCUGAGCGCGGCAUACAAGGGUCUGAACCCCCUAAACUGCUGUUCGCCGCUGCUGGCUGGCCAUCUGCCGGGAGCUAUGGAUGGCACAUUCCCCGGCGCGGCGCUAGCGAGCCAAGCACUGAAACUGGGCGGCUACCCCGUCGGCUCGCCUCUGUCGCCGUACGUGGGCUACGCUCGUGUGAAGACAGCCGGUGGUGGCACCUCGCUGGUGCCCGUUUGCCGAGACCCGUUCUGCACCAACUGCCAGAUGAGCAUGCAGAGCGCACAGCUAGGUGUCUGUCCUAGCGGCUGCACACAGUGCUCACACGACCGGCUGGCUCCGGGACUGGGACUGAAUCCGGCGCUGAUGCCUCCUGGACUGGGCUCAGCCGCUGGCGGCCUCGGUUCGCCUCUGUACCCAGGCGCGGCUGCAGCGCACUCAAUGCUGACGCGGCCGAACGUAUGUAGCUGGAUGGUGGGUGACACAUACUGCGGCAAGCGGUUCUCCACCUCUGAGGAGCUGCUACAGCACCUGCGCACCCACACCAAUCUCUCGGUGACGGACUCUAGUGCGCUUCCACUGCUGUCGCCCAGCCUGUCGGUGCCGUCGGCGGCGCCCAGCGGCUUGAGUGCCGCAGCCGCUGCCUGCCACCUGCACUACAGCACGGCGCCAUCACUGACCACGCCGGCUGGACUACGCAGGACCUACCCAACAAGCCUGAGCCCCGUCGGCUCGCUCUCGGCGCGGUACCACCCGUACAAGCCGCCAGUGCCGACCUUCCCUGGUACACCAUUCGCUCCUCUACCUCACCCUUCGCUCGGCAUGUACUACUCGCCAUACGGACUCUAUGGACAGAGGCUAGGACCCCCUGUGCACCCUUGAACGCGCACUGUCUUACCUUUGCGUGGCCUGUGGACACUCGCCAGUGCAGUGCCAUUGUCUCUCUCCCACCUGCCCUCUCUCUCCGCGGCUGCUCACUUGUAAGAAAGUUCUUCACGUGGACUCUUGUGUGCGCGCAUGCGUUGAAGCUCACUUGGACUCUUGAGCGGCUUUCCUGUCAUCCCGAGCGUAGUUUGUAACCAUCUUUGCCGAGCCUUUCAUGGCUUUGUGCACCGCGUUGCUCGGCAGUGUUUGUCUUUCGUUGGUCUCCCUGUUCAUUAUUACUUUUUUAACGUGUUGUUUAGGCCCCAAUAGAAGUUUGUUCGAAACACAUCGCAAUGGAAAUACUUACCACUAGGCCUUGUUAUGCAGGAAACAUAUGCAAGCAGUAUGCAGUUCUUCCUCUUUGGUGAAUUUGCUGCUCUAGAAUGAACCGGAAAUGCACAGGCAUGCAUCUGAUGGGCUGUUCUGGCUCUGUUUAAAGCACGGUCGUUUGCAAUAAUGUGAUGCCUGUUGGCAUUUAUGCACUCGAAAGCGUCGUGUGAUUUUGGGAUGUAUUCCGCGUCACUUGCACCUUGUCACAGUUUCUAACCUUUAUCUUUUUUUUUCGAGGCUGACUUCGCGCACAUUUGCAAUUCCACACCCGUCACUUGUGGGGCUGGGCUUCACCGCAAUGGCUCAACUAAAGAAUUAACUGAUGUUUGAAACACUUCAUGUCGUUGGUCACGCGCCUCUCAAUGCGUCAGUGGACAUUUAUUUCAUUGGCUAUUGUCGAUGUACGCUCUAUCCGCUUGCCGUUUUCUCCCUUGUCAACCUUUCCCUGUCGGCGGCGUGCUUGUACAGGCGACGCAUCGAUUCUCAUUCACUCGGUGAUGUGUUUAUGGGAUGGGAGAUCUCAGGUCAGUUUGAAUGCACGCACUUAUCGCAUUCGCAUUAUUUCGAUUAACCUCGAUGGGGCAAACGAAAUGCGCGUUGGCAAGGGACGCCACUUACUCUUUGAAAACCACGUCACAAAAUGAGCGACGAGGUCCUUCUUACGAAAGGCACAAACUAUACUCAUGUGUACGUCGUCCACGGUCUAUUUCCGACUCAGUCGGGCACCGAUUCUCAUACAUCGGCUCUAGCUUAACGACGCUCGCGCUGCGCUAUCCGCUUGAGUUUUCUUUUGCCCCCGCCCCCCCCCCCCCUUUUUUUUUUUUCAGCGUAUUCGUUUCCAAGAUGCGGCUCUCAUAAUUUCUCCGUAGCUGGGUGCAUUGGCUGUCGAGGCUUUAUUUUCGCAGACGUUCUGUUCGCUUGCGGACAAGAAAAAAAAAAAGAUCGUGAUGUGUGUUUGCUGGGGACGCAUGCCGCACGCAACCUUUACUUCUUCACAGGCCGCAUCAAAUUUGCACAAAUUUAUGUCGAUGCUAAGACUUGAGGCGCUCAAUUUAUAUACUUGUUCACUGCCAGCGAUGGCGUCGCUCCUAAACGUGUCACACUUUGUGUCGCUUUGCCAGCUCUAUAAUGUUAUAUCCCGGUCACCGACUCAUCCCAACGUGGCAGAGAUUUCAUGCACGUUCCAAACGGUGUAUAUGUAGGACUGUAGAGUACAAACUCUAGAGGUAAUACGCGCGGCAGCGGGGGAGGGAAAAAAAAAGGAGAAAGAUAAGCAAUGCUUCCAGUUGCCACAUGUCUCGGUGAAGAAAACAAAGAAAGAAGCAGCGAGGGGCAUCUUCGGGAUUGCCCCAUCGAUCAGGUUGACGAAUGGUGCCUAGCUCGGCGCGACGCGGCGGCCUUGCUAAUCUAAAUGUAGCGUUUCUUUGGAAAGGGGAGAGGGGGAUUAGCAUACGCGAGGGGAUCGCGUGAUCCGAAUGGCAGAUUGUGUGCCAGCCGAGCGCUGCAGGCGCGCGAUUUAUAAAUAUUCGUCGCGCCGCCGCGUUUUACCACUCGCUGGGAGUUCGGCCUCUUUUCUCCGUGUGACCGCUCUCGAUGCUUAUCUUGAGCAAUGAGCCCGCGGCUGUGACUGCGCGCCCCCCUACGUAGUGCGGUCCCUCGCGGCGCACACCGUUACGACAAAACAGCAAGGGUCCUACAUUGGUUGACCGGUCCUCGAUCCGGUGUCGUUACUUUACUGAAAAGAAAAAAAAAACAAAUUUCCGGUGAUACGUGCGGCCUUACUGAUCAGCGGGUAUUCAGGAAGAAGUCGCAGUGCAACAUUUACGAUAUGCAAAGAUAGAUAGAGAGAAAGAAAAAAAAAGCAGUGACCAGUUAAGUUUGUUAAAUAUCGGAACUGUCGACCGGCCCGGCCCGCAAGGUUCCCCUGCUUCUGCAGUGUGUCAUAGUCGAGCGGAGGCAAUUUACGACUUCGCGUCUUUAACGGCUCGCUACGUAUUCACAGAAAAAUAUGAAAUCCGGUGACCUAAAAAGUAAGGAGUGAGUAGAUCACCGUGAAACCUACAAAAACUAACUAUAGAGUGCCGCGUUUUUAUAACUAAGCAGCUGCCUUAGUAGUUUCCCCCGGAUAAUUUUUUUUUUUUUGCUUCUACUUCGGCUACGCUUGUGACCAAAACCGCGCCUAGCCUCCUGUUGGGAUGCACGUGCGUCUGUUCAACAGGAAAACUUUGAAAACUGUACGCGCGUGCGACCGAUUGGUGUACAGUGCCGUACAUCCCACGCACACAAAGGUACAGCGGUUAUUUCUCGUUACUUGAGAAUGUUGUUAUUGGUGCGUGAUCUUUUACCUUCCAUCUGGGGCUUAAACGGGGAAGUGUUUUCCAAGGGAGAAUACAUGCUCGACCUGCACUAAAGCAUCUCAAAACGCGGUGUGAUCUCUCCUGGCGUCAAAUGCUAAGUCAAGGGUGUCCAAAGCGUGUUGCCAAAAUGACACUAAGUUUUCUUUAUCUUUUUUUUUUUCGUUUGAGACGUGUUUGAAUUGCGCCGUCUCGUGUCUUUAUUCUUGUGGGAGGAUUGUAACAUAAAACAUUGUACAGAAAUAUGUCCGUUCGCGUUUUUGUCUUGUGUUGCGUAAUUUUUUGGAAAGUUUGUGGUUAACUUUCAUUGUUUUCGCUUGCGUGUGAUGAUCGAGUCGUGUACAUUAAUAAUAUAUUUGAAGUCGGCGCGUGCGAAACGCGCACGCGAUAGUCUUUGUUUGUAUUAUUUUGUUUAUUGUUGUACAUACUCCUUGAUGCCGAUGAUCCUGCAAAUACAUGACACUGAUGAAACCUGGAA